CCGGUGCUAAAGUCAGAGAGCCUGUCGAUAGCCCGCGGUUCAAACCCUGUACCGGUGUAGGUCCUUUCCCAGUGCCCGAAACAGUUGCAAACCUCGGCGGUGCUGAAGCGGGGGAUCUCGCUGCGGGAAACAAAGACGCAAAACGUGUAGAAGGUUUGCUGAAGCUGGGGCCAAAGAGGGGAACGAAGUAGGAUGCAAACAAAGCUCCCGAAUGGAGAGUGUCAGCUCCCCUGAGGUCACGGUUUCCCGGCCAACCUCCGCGCCAGCAAGGGCGGGGGCGCGCGGCGACCCGGUUCUACUCCGCGACGCGUGCGUGCUGGUUAACGCGACGCGCGGGCAGAAGACGGAGGCUCUCUGGAAGAUCCACGGGGCUCGGAGGCUGAGAGAUAACAAUCCCGGGGAGGCGCUGCUGACGUCAGAGGAGACGGAGGACCUCGCGCUGCUCGAGGUGGUCGAGCUGGCGGCCGCGCCGCACCUUGCCCGUGACCCCGCGACGGGGCGCUUCGCGGCCCCGCGCGCGUCCGAGCCGCGGGGCUGGACUGCGAGCGCCCUCGUGUGGAUGGAGCGGCAGCGCAUCGCGGCGCGGGGAUACGAUGGGGAUAGCGAGGACCUCAAAAUACCGUUGUUGACGGAGGGAGAGUGCAGCCACGUUUCCUCGGAGAUGGAGAGUCGUGCUUCAAGAUUGGUCCAGGAGGUUGUGCGUGUUCUUGAACGAUCGUAG